GGGGAAAGUGUCACUUCCUCCUCCGUUGGUCACAUUUGAAAAGCUGCGAGGGAGGAGAUUCUGCAGCGCAGAAGACUGUGCCUUUUGCAAGGAACCUACAGCUUCUGAGCUCUUCAGAAAGGAUGGAAGAGGCUGAUCCUGCAAACCGAGCGAGCAUGGAAGGAGGAAGAUGGACCGUUGACCUAGUCAGGCUGCCUCCUGCAUCCCUCCCCACAACUUCUGACUGUUCUCUUCCAGGACCCUCAGAGAGAUCUGCAGGUGAUGAACAGGACAGUCCUCGUUCUUGGGGCUCAUCAGAAAGAACCAAGCAUGAAGUCAAAGGAAGGACCUUUCAAGAUCAAGAGGAAUCAGGAUCACAGGUGAAAAGCCUAGAAGAAAAUGGGAGAAAUACAGGCCUUCUAAAGCAGACUGAUAAUUGCCAUCAAAUCCCCAUCCAGAAAAAACAUCACAAGGGGAAGAGCACAAAUGAUAGCCCUUCAUGUGGUAAACCAUUCAAAUCUAGCUUCAACUCACCCUGCAGAAUCCACACAGAGGAAACACCGUGUAAAUGCUUGGUGUGUGGAGAGAACUUCAGUGACAGCUCAGGUCUAAAAUCACAUAAAAGAAUUCAUGCAAGACAGGAAUCCUACAAAUGCCUAGAAUGUGGAAAGCGUUUCAGUGACUACUCAUACCUUAGUCAGCAUCAGGAAAUCCACAGCGGGGUGGACCCAUAUACCUGUUUUGAGUGUGGAAGAAGCUUCAUUUCCAGAUCAGGCCUUGUAUAUCAUCAAAAAAGUCACACAGGGGAGAAACCAUAUACCUGUUUUGACUGUGGAAAGAGCUUCACUUACAGAUCAGUCCUUGUAUAUCAUCAAAAAAGUCACACAGGGGGGAAACCAUAUACCUGUUUUGACUGUGGAAAGAGCUUCCAUCAAAACCAAGGUCUUCUUGUUCAUCAAAAAAUCCACACAGGGGAGAAGCCGUAUAAAUGUUUAGAGUGCGGAAUGAGCUUCUCUGAAGGCUCAAAACUUAAAUCUCAUCAAAGAAUUCACACAGGAGAAAAACCUUAUAAAUGUUCAGAGUGUGGAAGAAACUUUGCUCACAGUGCUAGCCUUACUUCACAUAAGAGAACCCACACAGGGGAAAAACCAUAUAAAUGCUUGGAAUGUGGAAAGAGCUUCAGUCAGAGUUCUCACCUUAGUUCACAUAAGAAAACUCACACUGGUGAGAAGCCAUAUGAAUGUUUGGAGUGUGGAAAGAGAUUCAGUCAGAGUUCACACCUUACUGUGCAUGUGCGAUUCCAUACAGGAGAAAAACCAUAUAAGUGUGUGACGUGUGGAAAGAGUUUCUGUACUAACACAGAACUUACUUACCAUCGCAGGAUCCAUACAGGGGAGAAGCCAUAUAAGUGCUUUGAGUGUGGUAAAACCUUCAGCCAGAGUUCAAGCCUUAGUACGCAUCGAAAAAUUCACAGUGGGGAGAAACUACAUGCAUGUUUUGAGUGUGGGAAGAGCUUCACUACGAACAUCAAGCUUUUAAAUCAUCAAAAAACUCACACAGGGGAGAAACCGUAUACCUGUUUUGAGUGUGGAAAAAGCUUCACUCGCAGCACAAGCCUUACAUCGCAUCUAAAAAUUCACACAGGGGAGAAACCGUAUACCUGUUCUGAGUGUGGAAAAAGCUUUGCUCAUGGACAUCACCUUACUUCACAUAAGAGAAUCCACACACGGGAGAAGCCAUAAAUGCUUGGAAUGUGGAAAGACCUUCUUACUGUGCAUGAACUUAUUCAUAAAGGAAACAACCAGUUAAUUGUUUGACAUGUGGAAAGAGUUUCUGUACUAGCACAUAACUUACUUACCAUCACAGGAUCCAAAUAAGUGCCUUGUGUGGGGGGAAAACCCCCCCUAGAAGCAAAAAAUAAGCUUAAAAAUAAGCGUGGCAAAAGCGGCUCCCCGUCCUCCUCCCCGCUCCCUCCCUGGCUGUCUCUCUGGCAAAGCCUCUCAAAGGGGAGGAGUUGUGACCGGGAGCCCGGACAUUGGCAAGGGGGCUAUCGGCUCCUGGCCUAACCGUCCCAGCUGCCACACCCUGCCUACUGCACCUAUUGCGGCAGCCCUGAGUCAUCCUUCCUUAUUGCCUCCAGUCCUCCUUCGCUCAGCUGACUACCUUGAGCUUUGCCCCUUUCGGCUGUUCCUGGCUUGUCCACAGAAGCGGAAUAGGUUCCUUCUCCCUGGGAGUGGUAACGUUCGGGGAUCAGGGCUUGUACCUGUGGGGGGGGUCUUGUUUCGGAGGUUUUUUUCUUUGCUGAUUACUUCCUAGUUGUCUUUGUGGGAGUGGGGCUUCCCCCCCCCCCAUCUUCGGCCAGUGAAGGUCAGCCUAGCUCAUUGAGGCAAGUAGUUAGCUUUAUUGUGACUUUAUCUUGUCCUCUUGCCCAGCCACCUGUUGUUGUUGUUUAGUCGUUUAGUCGUGUCCGACUCUUCGUGACCCCAUGGACCAUAGCACGCCAGGCACUCCUGUCUUGCACUGCCUCCCGUAGUUUGGUCAAACUCAUGUUCGUAGCUUCGAGAACACUGUCCAACCAUCUUGUCCUCUGUCGUCCCCUUCUCCUAGUGCCCUCAAUCUUUCCCAACAUCAGGGUCUUUUCCAAGGAUUCUUCUCUUCUCAUGAGGUGGCCAAAGUAUUGGAGCCUCAGCUUCACGAUCUGUCCUUCCAGGGAGCACUCAGGGCUGAUUUCCUUAAGAAUGGAUAGGUUUGAUCUUCUAGCAGUCCAUGGGACUCUCAAGAGUCUCCUCCAGCACCAUAAUUCAAAAGCAUCAAUUCUUCGGCGAUCAGCCUUCUUUAUGGUCCAGCUCUCACUUCCAUACAUCACUACUGGGAAAACCAUAGCUUUAACUAUACGGACCUUUGUCGGCAAGGUGAUGUCUCUGCUUUUUAAGAUACUGUCUAGGUUUGUCAUUGCUUUUCUCCCAAGAAGCAGGCGUCUUUUAAUUUCGUGACUGCUGUCACCAUCUGCAGUGAUCAAGGAGCCCA